AUGUACCAGCAAGAUAACGGGAAUACAACUUACCUAAAUAACGAAAACAUGAACAGGCUAUCAGAAUGGACCGUCGGAUAUUCUUUGGUCACAUUUGUAUCGAUUCUUGGAACUAUCUUGAGAUUGUGGUGUUUUGCAGUUCUCGACGAAUUCUUUACGUUUGACAUUACCAUCAAGAAGAAUCACAAACUGAUCACAAAUGGUCCUUAUAAAUAUUUGAUUCAUCCUUCGUACACAGGUUUGCUUCUGUGGGUCCCAUACGAGGCUUACAUCCUUCAUCAACUCAGGCCAUUUGUUUCUUUGCACGCCCCACCGGUAUAUAAAGAAGAGGCAUUAUUGAGGAAUCAUUUUAGAAAAGAGUGGGAUGAAUAUUCAAAAGCGAGGAAGAGAUUUAUACCAUUCAUUAUUUGA